CCAAGCACAUGGUUGCGGGUUCAUUCCCACUGCGUGGCACCUUGGGCAAGUGUCUUCUACUAUAGCCUCAGGCCGACCAAAGCCUUGUGAGUGGAUUUGGUAAACGGAAACUGAAAGAAGCCCGUCGUAUAUAUGUAUAUAUAUAUAUAUGUAUAUAUAUAUAUAUAUAUGUAUGUGUGUAUCUGUGUUUGUCCCCCCAACAUCGCUUGACAUCCGAUGCUGGUGUGUUUACGUCCCCGUAACUUAGCGGUUCGGCAAAAGAGACCGAUAGAAUAAGUACUAGGCAUCCAAAGAAUAAGUCCUGGGGUCGGUUUUCUCGACUAAAGGCGGUGCUCCAGAGUUAAAAGAGUAUACAUACACAUACACACAAAUAUUUAAUUACUACGGGCUUUUAACGAAGUUCUGAUCGAAGCACAUCAUUUAACCCGUCAUAACUCUUUCUAACUUUUUGGUAUUUUGGGGAAAUUUUUGCGAAUUUAAAGCAGCAAAUAUUAAAAAUGGGGGAUAUUUUUGUUUUACUUUCUACAAAUACCUUUCAGGUGGUGUUGAUUGUGAUUAUAUCGAAAUUUAUAGAGAAAAAAAAAAAAAAAAAUUGGUGGGUGUUCACACAUUCUGAGACAAUGUUUUCAAAAUUUCAAGUUGUAUUUUGUAGAUAUAUAUGUGAUGUGCCUGUGUAUGUGAGUGCUCACCAAUGUUUUUUUUUCAUAAAUUCCUAUAUAAUCGCAAUCUAUACCAUCUGAAAGGCAUUUGUAGAAAGCUUUGUUUAAAAACAUCUAUUUUUCUGAAUGUUAUGAGGAAACAAAGUCUGUCUUAAGGUAGCCAAAAUGCCUCUCUCUUAAGGUAGCCAAAUGCCUCGUCAUCUAAUUAGUGACGUGCAGGCAGCUACCCCGGUACUACCUUGUCAUGGUGAGAGAGCUUAUGCCCUUAGAGGGAGGGCAGCUCAUGUGUAGGUAUUCUAGAAAAACUAUUAAAUAUACAAAUCUGAAGCAUAAUUGUUUGUUUCUUUAAAAAAUUGAAUGACGUAAGCUUAGAAUUUACCCUAGUUACAUUUAUCAAAGGAAAGCAGAUUAAGCUAUAUGAACUAUGCUUUAUCUUAUUUUACUUCCUUGUGUGGUUGAAAAAGCAGUACACAUAUAGCAGGACAGAUUGGUGAAAGUAAAAGCUUUUCUAAGGCUGAAGGUAAAGUGAAAGUUCACAACAUACUAGACAAAAUGGAAAGUGAACAUUAAAAAGCAACAUGCAGAAAGGGCAAGUUUUACGACUACUUAUAAAUGAACAAAGGGGCACAAUACUUUCAUUAACAUCCUUUAUCUUUUACUUGUUUUAAUCAUUUAACUGUAGCCAUGCUGGAGCCCAAAGGUUGGAGUAGGCUGCACCUGGCUACCUCAGUUGCUAUGACAUUGAGGUAGAUUAAUGGGGAGAAAACCCGGAUUUAAAACACAGGGUGAUGAUGAUGAUGUAUUAAGUAAUAAAAGUUGACUAAAUCCUCUAUCAUUAUUAGAUUAGGUCUAUUAUUUGUUUACACAUACUGGUUUCAAAUUUUGACACAAGGCCAGUAAUUUUAGAGGAGGAGUAAGCCAAUUGCAUAGACCCCCAGUUUUCAGCAGGUACAUAUUUUAUUGACCCCGUAAGGAUGAAAGACAAAAUCAACCUUGGAGGAGCUUGAACUCAGAAUGUGAAUUCGGAAGAUGUGCCACUUAUUACUUUGUCCAACAAGCAAUGAAGACCCUCUUUUUUAUCACAGCAGUUUUGUUUUGUUGGCAGAACACUGCAGGUUGUGGAAAUCACAAAAGAAGAGAGAAGCCGGACCAGUAUCUGACACUCUCCAGCAAACCGCAACAUGAAAUUAUACAAGAGACAGGUGUUUCUGACAAAACGAACAGUGGCCCUUCUCAGAAGUCCCUGAUGACUAACCAGAUUAUACAGCAACUGAAGUAUCAACUCAGUCACUUAGAAAUGCAAAUUGUUUCAAACAAUGACACAUCCUCAACAAUUAACCGCAUCUGGCAGCUGGUUGGAGCAGCAGACUCAUUUGGCUUGAAGGAUCUCAAUCACAUGCUGAGCCUGUUCACCAAACUCAGCCGAGAAGCAAUUCAACUGCUGCAGGCCCAUGAUUACGAAGGGAAGAACAAUCCCCAUGGUCACCUGGUGAUGGUAGUGAAAGCUAUGCUAAUGUCUCUACAUGAAGCUGGAAUUAUAAGAGAUCGAGAUUUAGUCGGAUAAUGUAUUCUGGGUUUGAGUGAUAGGAGGCACAAAGUGAAGCACUUGGUCCCACAGCUGUGGCUUUGAUUGAUAUCAUGGAAUUGCUUCACUUUUGUCAUUAUCAAUAUCCUUAGUAAAUGCUUGAAAUUAGCAACUUUCUGUUUUUCUUAACAAAAAUAAUAUAUAUAUAUACAUAUAUAUAUAUAUAUAUAUAUACACAUAUGCAUGUAUCUAUGCAUAUAUGUAUAUAUAUAUAUUAUAAAUUAUAAUGUAAUAUAAUACACACACACACACACACACACACACACACACACACACACACAAAUGCAUGCAUACAUAUACAUACUAUGUUUACUUGUGUCUUAAGCUUCCCUAUUUUGUUCUUGAUUUUGACUGAAAAAAACUUGGCUGCAACUUAUGUGCAAGAUAAAGCUAACUCUUUCAAUAUUUACAUCAAGUUAACACUAAAUUAGAUGUAUGGCUUAUACACAAGUAAAUACAAUGUAUCUAUCUCUCUGUUUAUCUAUCUCACACACAACACACACACACGUGUGUUUGUCUGUUAAGAAAUCGUUAAUCUAAAGUGUACCUUAACUUUGAUACAUCUAUGUUCAGUGCUCUAAAUCUAUUACAUGACAGAGUUUGUUCAAUAUUUUGUCUUUAUCAAAGAUUCAUUUCAAGCAAUUUUUUUAUUAUCAAAACACAUUGUUUUCAAGGCAUGUCAAGAUUCUGUUCUUACAUAAAAUUUAAAAAUAAAAUCACUGAAACUACA